AUGUCUGACGUUGCAGCCGCCUUCGCUCAACAUGAAGUAACUCCCAACGUUAUUCCAAACCCACCAAAAGAACAGCUUCAUCUGGUAUGGGAUGGUAUCCAAGUUCAACCAGGAAUGACCUUAUCCAUUAGGAACACCAAGAAUGCUCCACGUUUCAAUCUCAAAGGAGCUGACCCUGAAGCAACUUAUUCACUACUGAUGAUUGACCCCGAUAACCUAUCCCGUAAGAAUCCAAGCGUAGCUGAAUGGCUUCACUGGCUUGUGGUUAAUAUUCCUGCAAGUAACGUAAUCGAGGGAAUCAACGGAGGACAACAUCAGAUGCCUUAUGGAUCUCCUGCUCCUGGACCAAGAACUGACCUUCACAGAUAUGUCAUUCUUAUGUGGGAGCAUGCUGGAAGAAGAAUUAAUGUACAAAAACCAUCAAGCCGCGCAAAAUUCAAUGUUAAGAAGUUCAUGGAACAAAACAAGCUUGGUGAUCCCAUUGCUGGCAAUCUUUUCCUUGCUCAGCAUGAAUAA